AUGUCGAUCCUCGGGGAUUUGCCAGAGCGGCAUAUCGGCACGACCAGAUUGGCCGAGGUGUGCAAAGCUGCCCAGGCCCACGACCCACGACCCACGACCCACGACCCACGACCCACGAUGACUCUCACGCACAUCUCCCUUGGCCCAUCAUCAUCUCAAGCCAUCAAUGUGCCAUCUAGGCUGCCCCGUAUUCCCUUCGAGCUCCACCGGCCCAUCAUCGAAUUGAUGCAUCCCAAUACAUUCAGAUUCGCGACGCAUAGCCGGUACUACCAUGAGUUGAGUCUUGUCUGCCGCGAUUGGCGGCGAGAGGUGGAACGAACUUUGUAUCAAGACGUUCGUGUCCCUGAUGGCAAUAUCAUGCUGUUCUGUCGCACUAUGCUCAGUAGGCCAGAUCUUGCCCUGUUGGUUGAACGCCUCAUCGUCUUCGCUGGGGCCCCGGAGCUCGUUAGGGAGGGGGACAAGCCUAUUGUAGAGAGGAUGCUGAGGAGUCUCAAGAACCUGAAGGACUUCGAGGUCAUGGCUUCCGCAGACUGGGGUGGUGAUCUCCCCCUCACCGAAAAGUGGAUCAUCAGCCCGGACGAUUGCUGGAUGCUAGAUGACUACACCCUCGCAAAACAACCUCAUCUCCGCGAGUUCAUACACCGAGGCGGCUCCGCAAGUGAGAUCGAAGUCGACGUUCCUGACUCUGUCCUUGCUUAUUGCAAUAUCAUCCACGCUGAUUCGCGAAUUCUUUUUGGCAUGCAAUCUUCGUUCCGUAACAUCACGCACAUGUCCCUCAAAUUCCACAAGAUGGGUGCAGCCGAGGAGUUCACGGCGGCAGAGUCUAUCAAGCGUCUCGGAAUCAAUCUGGUUAGCUUGCAGAUCAACCGUCGUGUCGGGGAAGACUACGCGAGCACAACAAGCUUGUUGAGGAUUUUCACCACAAACACGCCGAACCUUUUGUUCCUAGCCCUGUACGAAACCUUCGACUACUCCCCCAGGGAGAAUGCGCAAAUGAUGAAUAUCAUUUCGAAGAACCUUCGAAAGCUUCAAUGCUUCGUUUGGGCGCCGUUGAAUGACGUCAGUCCAUUCGAGGAAUUCGACUCGGACGAAGAAGAUGACGAAGAAGGUAGCAGCUGGUCUAUUGAUACAGACGAGUCCGAUGAAGAGGAUCAGAAGACCUCUUACGAAAAGAUCUCUCGUUAUGCUCAGGCGUUCUUCACAGCCCUCACAUCACUACAGUUAUUCAUAUCAGGCAGGGGCGGUCGGGUAGACUGCUGGAGGGUCUUAGAUCGCCCGACGGGUCAGCUAGCCACAAUGGAGAAGGAAGAUCGGGUGAUCAUCGAUCCAUCUACGACCGCUUUCAGAUAUAUUGACCCAGAGGCACCACUGGAUUACCUCCUAUACGGCAAAGUUCGUGAGCCGAGGUUCUCACCACAGGACGGUCUGAUCUCUCAAUUACCUCCACGCCCUCGUAUGGAUUGGUGUUUCUUUCAUGUGGAUAUCGUCACGCAUUCAUACUCGUACUCAUACCCUCAGCGCGACAAGUCCGAUUAUUAGUGUUCUUCAUUUGGUUUAUCGGUGCAUGCUCUCCCCGAGGCGCACAAUACUUUCAGAAACGCAGUGUACGAAUGAAUGUCUAUCAAUAUGCAAUGCUGGUUGUUCUCUGGCUCGUAGAAGUACUGUAUACAGCUUGUAGAAGCGUUAAGCUCAAUAACAAUCAGUGCGUGCAGU